AUGUAUAAUGUACAUUACAGGAGUGGAGGAUUCUGCGUGGAUGUCCCUGUUGCUGAAAAUGGUUCACUCGUUGAUCGCCUUAGUGCAGAAUUCGGAGAUGAAGGGAAACUCACUGAGAUGUUCUGGCGGCGAAUUUUGGAUUCGCGUUUUGUAGCUCGUGCCUGGGAAGUUGUACCUGAAAGAGAACCGGUUAAACAGUAUGUUUGGGAAAUCUGCCCUAAAGUACAUUGGAAACGUCUUAAAUUGUUAUGA